CCGGUCUUUCGUCUCAGCGUUCGGCAGCUGUUGGCAGGAAGGAACUGGUCUGGUCUUACUCGCCGGGCUUGUGCCCCUGGCUCUCCCGCUCGGAGCUGCUCCAACUGGCUUUGCCCCCGGGCUUGUAGUGAAACGCAGAGUGUUCUUCCCCAGCAUUUGGACUCCUACAGCCCCCAAGGCCGGAUCCCCACAGCCUUCCAGGUCCUAGAUCCCGGCAGACGCUGAGCCAUGGCUUCCAUGGGGCUGCAGGUGAUGGGUAUCGCUCUGGCUGUGCUGGGCUGGCUGGGCGCCAUACUGAGCUGCGCUCUGCCCAUGUGGCGCGUGACGGCCUUCAUCGGCAGCAACAUCGUCACGUCGCAGACCAUCUGGGAGGGCCUGUGGAUGAACUGCGUGGUGCAGAGCACGGGCCAGAUGCAGUGCAAGGUGUACGACUCGCUGCUGGCGCUGCCACAGGACCUGCAGGCGGCCCGCGCCCUCAUCGUCAUCUGCAUCAUCUUGGCCGUGCUGGGCGUGCUGCUGUCGGUGGUGGGCGGCAAGUGCACUAACUGCGUGGAGGAUGAGAGCGCCAAGGCCAAGACCAUGAUUGUGGCCGGCGUGGUGUUCCUGCUGGCCGGCCUGCUGGUGAUGGUGCCCGUGUCCUGGACGGCCCACAAUGUCAUCCGCGACUUCUACAACCCACUGGUGGCCUCUGGCCAGAAGCGGGAGAUGGGAGCCUCGCUCUACAUCGGCUGGGCUGCCGCUGGUCUGCUGAUGCUCGGUGGGGGCCUGCUUUGCUGCAACUGCCCACCCCGUAACGACAAGCCCUAUUCGGCCAAGUACUCUGCCGCCCGCUCCGCCCCAGCCAGCAACUACGUGUAAGGUGCUACUGUUGACUCUUUUCCUUUCACCUUUGUUUCUCCCUGGACUGAGCUGUGACCUGCAAUCUAUGACCCCGGGAUGGCCCUGCCACAGCCACAGGCUCCUGGUGGCUGGGCAAGCAGGGACUGAGCCAGGCCAUUGGCUGGCAGCCCUCAGCCCCUUCUGGCCCUCUCAGGCACCUUCCCAAGACCACCUCCAACGCUAGCAAGGAUGGAUGGAAAGAGACUCCUGUAUCACUCUCCUCUGAAUAACUAUGGAUACAGGGGGCUGGCUCCUGCUGGCCGGGACAGCUCAGCUCUGACUUUGCUUGGGCUCUGCCUCUGAGUGGGUGCCCAGUGGACGACGGGACCAUGCCCAUGUUGCCCACUGUCCCCUUCUGUGAUCUUCCCCACUCCUUCAGCCAGCAUCCUCUGGGUGGAUCAGCGAGCACUUGGGCUGUGCCUAGCCCAAGGAAACCUGUGGCCACGAGAAUGGCUGCCUUGCUCACCCACCUGCCCGUGGAGCACAGUUGCUGAGCACAGAGUGGACGGACAGGUUUAGAGGGGAGGGGCGGAGAUGCCACAAACUGGUUUGGGUAGUGGUGGGGGAGGGGGUCAGAGAGGCAGCCGAGGCUGCCCGCACCCCUUCCAGCCCCCACCCCGCCUCCUCAGGGAUCUGCCUCUGCAGCCUCAGCAGAAGGACCCCGAGGCCCCCUGAGACUGGCCACCUCUGGGUCCUCCACCCCUGCCAAGGUCAUUGGUCAGCCUGGGGAGGGCAGGGGAACGGUCUGUCUCUGGCCCUCAACCCAGGAAGUCCUGGGCUUUUCCUUGUCUCCUAUGUGGUUUCUGUUUUGUAAUUUAAACUAUUUGUCACGGUAAUUGCUAUUAUUUUCUACAAUAAAUGGGACCUGUGCACAGGAA